UGUUCUGCAGGAGAACCUGCGCUCAGCUGUGUAUGACGUCACGCUGCGGUUCCACCGUGACACCAGCAGGUGGCGGCGCAGCUCUGACGGUUUUACACCCUCACGAGAAGAAGAAACGGCUGGCUGUGCGCAUGCGUGUCUUUGCAGCUUGCAGUCCUUGCGGUACCGGUUCGGCUCGGCUCGCUGUGAUCUGGAUGAUGAGGCUGCUCCUGCAGAGGCUCCGGCCGCUCAGCGGGACGCCGGACUUCCUCUCCGCCGCCUCAGAGCGCUCCUUCAGCGGCUCACCGCCGCCGCUGCCCGCCGCCCGGGUCCGGAGCGCCUUCGUGGAGUUUUUCCGGGACAAACACGGACACCUGCCGGUCCCGUCCUCCCCGGUCCGGCCCAGAGGAGACCCGAGCCUGCUGUUCGUCAACGCCGGCAUGAACCAGUUCAAGCCCAUCUUCCUGGGCACAGCGGACCCUCGUAGCGACAUGGCGUCGUACCGCCGCGUGGUCAACAGCCAAAAAUGCGUCCGAGCCGGCGGCAAACACAACGACCUGGAUGACGUGGGCCGGGACGGCUACCACCACACCUUCUUUGAGAUGCUGGGAAACUGGUCGUUUGGAGACUAUUUCAAGGAGGAAGCGUGUCAGAUGGCAUGGAGCCUCCUCACAGAGCAUUACGGGAUACCUGCUGACAGGCUGUAUGUCUCUUAUUUUGGCGGUGAUGCAGCAGCAGGGUUGCCAGCGGAUGAGGAUACACGGAACAUCUGGCUGGAGAUCGGGGUCCCCACCCACCGUCUGCUGCCAUUCGGACUCAAGGACAACUUUUGGGAGAUGGGGGACACGGGGCCCUGUGGUCCCUGCACCGAGAUCCACUACGACCACGUCGGUGGGCGAGAGGCGACGGCGCUCGUCAACGCUGACAGCCCAGAGGUGGUGGAGAUCUGGAACCUGGUCUUCAUGCAGUACAACAGGGAGGUGGACCACAGUCUGCGGCUGCUGCCCCAGGUCAGCGUGGAUACUGGGAUGGGUCUGGAGAGACUGGUGAGCGUCCUGCAGGGCAAAACCUCCAACUAUGACACGGAUCUGUUCACACCGCUGCUGCACGCCAUCCACCAGAGGUCGGGGGUGGAGCCGUAUAGGGGCAGGAUGGGGGCGGUGGAUGUUGGUCAGGUGGAUCUGGCCUACAGAGUCGUAGCUGACCACGUCCGGACAUUAUCGGUGUGCAUCGCUGACGGAGUUUACCCGGGCAUGUCAGGAGCCGAGUUGGUGCUAAGGAGGAUUUUACGGCGGGCGGUUCGGUUCUGUGUCGAGGUCCUUUGUGCUCCCCAGGGAACGCUCGCCAGCCUAGUUCCCACCGUCGCCGACCUGCUGGGUAACGUUUAUCCAGAGCUGCACCAGGAGACAGACCGGAUUGUGGACAUCAUCAACGAGAACGAGGCUCACUUCCUGUCGUCUCUGCAGCAGGGCAGCAGGCUGAUCGAGCGCACGCUUAGCAGGAAGGACUACAAACAUGGAGUCUUCCCCGCCUCAGUGGCUUGGUCUCUCCACCGGGACCUGGGCUUCCCUCUGGACCUGGUGGACCUGAUCCUGGAGGAAAGGGGGGUCCAUGUAGACCGCCAGGAGCUGGACCGCCUGAUUGCCGAGAACCAGAAGGUGGCUUUAGAGCUGCAGGCAGGUGACCGUGCCCAGGUGACGCUGGACGUCCUCAGUCUGACGGAGCUGCAGCGUCUUGGCGUUCCUCACACCGACGACAGUCUCAAAUAUGACUACCGCCUGGCCGAGGGUCGAUACGUGUUCCCACCAUGCCGUGCGACAGUUCUCGCACUCUACGACGGGCAGGCUUUGGUGUCGGAGGUCUCCGAGGGUCAGCGCUGCAGCGUCAUACUGGACCGUACCUGCUUCUACGCCGAGCAGGGGGGCCAGUCACAUGACCAGGGCUACUUCACCCUGUACGAGCUGCAGGACGUGCUCUUUCCUGUGGAGGCGGUGGUCCGGGCGGGGGGCUACGUGGUCCAUCAGGUCACCGUGGCCGACAACCUGAAGACCGGCGACCAGCUCCAGCUGCACCUGAAUCAGGUGCACAGGCUGUCCUGCAUGGUUAAGCACACGGCCACGCACAUCCUGAACUUCGCCCUGAGGAAGGUUCUGGGUGCUUCGGUGCAGCAGCGAGGCUCGCACGUGUCGGCCGAUCGCCUUCGCUUCGAUUUCAGCGUAAAGGGCUCUCUGAGCGUGUCACAGCUGCAGCAAGUGGAAAGGUGCGUUAAUGACAUCAUCUCAGCCAAUCAGAUCGUUCACAGUCAGGAGCUUCCCCUCCAGAGAGCUCGCGGCAUCAGUGGCCUGAGGACUGUAGACGAGGUGUAUCCUGAUCCUGUUCAGGUCGUGUCAGUGGAGCUGCCGGUGACCGAGCUGCUGGACAAACAGUCGGACAGACAGACGUCUGUGGAGCUCUGCUGUGGAACUCACCUGCUGCAGACCGGCGCCAUCGAGGACCUGGUGAUCGUCUCUGAGAGGCAGCUGGUGAAAGGAGUCAGUCGGAUCGUUGCCGUGACGGGACAGGAAGCGGCACAGGCUCGGGAGGCAGGGCACGUUCUAUCUCAGGACGUCGACUCGCUGUCAGCCAGACUUGGACGCUCCGCCCCCUCCUGCCUGGACACUGCCCAGUGCUUUUCCAAGGAGGUGGGCAUCCUCUCAGAUGCUGUGGAUAACAUCCCCAUCCCACAGUGGCAGCGCAGAGAGCUGCAGAGUCGACUCCGCGCUCUGCAGAGGACGAGCAACACCGCCGUCAGGAAACUGGAGACCAGAGAGGCGGCAGUGCAAGCUCAGGCCCUGCAGGAGAAACACGGAAGGACGCAGCUGCUGGUGGACUUGGUGGAGACCAGCUCUCUGUCAGUUCUGAUGAAGACAGUGAACCAGCUGAGCUCCACUGCUCCUCUCAGUCAUGUGAUGCUGCUCGCUCACCAGAGGCAUUCUGGCAAGGUUUUGUGUGCCUGUCAGGUUCCCAAGGUCUCGCCAUCCCUCGUCGCUUCUGAUUGGGCAGUGGCUGUGUGUUACCACCUCAACGGGAGCGCCGGUGGCUCAGAGGUGGUUGCCAAGGGAACAGGAAACAGCAAUGACAUCACCGAGGCUCUGAGGUGGGCCAAGGAGUUCGCCUCCCAGAGAAUGCAGUGAUGAUGUCAUAAAGAAGACCCUCUUCUCAUUGGAUGAUAGGCUGAGGCGAACUUUCUGAACACAUGAAGUUUGAUUUCAAAGAGGAUAGACAGCCAUGCUCUCGAUAUUCUCUUUAUUGUGAAAGGUUACAUUAUGAAACACUCAGCUAAUCACAUCACAGGGAGGAUUAACCAAUCAGAAACCAGCACCCAGCAGGUUCAUCACCUGGCGUUUCGAGGACCUCAGAGCAGCGACACAUUGAGCCACUGCAAAGACAAACACAGGUGUUAAAUCAUGUGACCAAACACACCUAAAUCUUUUCAAAGGUGAUCCAAGUCUGGGCUUUCAAAAUAAAAGCCUGCCAGGGGUGACAACUCAGCUUAAAACCAAACUUUGUUUUUCAGAAUAAAGUUUCAUUUCCUGAAUAAAGCUACGACCCGUCCAACCCAUAGACUGGUUAUAAACGAGAAACCAGCAGCUUCACAUUCACCUGAACUUCCUGUUGUGAACAGCAAGUAAACAUGUAGACUUUCUAAAUAAGAGUCUCAGCAGCUUUAAAGGUGUCCUGCAGAGAUGCUGUGUCUUUGUUUUGGGUUUGAAUAUUAAUAAAAACUUUGUUCACUA